AUACAUCAUUUCUUCUGCUUCGUGUUAGUGACCUGAAAACCGGGCGCUAAGAAAUUUGGGUUUUAUUGUGCUAGUAUUCUCUCUAUGCCUGGUUCUGAGUUGGAAACAAUAUGGCCGACGCACCUCCUGUCCCGCAUGGUCAGCUGGUACAUCUAGCUGAACUGUUAAAAGUUCGGCGAGCUGAGGCCAAAAUUGUUUCUCAGUGGCUGCAAAAGCAUUUUCUAUUGCUAUUAGCUCUUGGGGCAUCCACAAUAUAUCGAUCAUGGCUCACUACUUUACUGAAUGGUUUGUUGCGGUGGUUAGGCGGAAUAUAUUUUUAUUAUCAAGCCUACUGGCUGGUGAACAUUUCCCCAUUCAAAGGCGUACAAAAAUGUAGCUCAAUUUUGGAAAAUGCGAAAAGCUGGGGAUCAUGGAAUGACUUUUGGGAGAUGCGUAACGAUCAAUGGUGGUUUUAUAUGUCCUGCCUUGGAAAUGACGCUGGCUGGCCGAAGAGAUUGUGGGAUAAUGUAGUGAGCAGCCCCGAACGAACUUACCCAUUGAUGCUAAAAGUCAAAGGACGCAGUUUACGAAUCAAUCGAUAGACUGUCUAAUACUUUAAUACCGGAUUUGCGUAUGGACCAACGAGUGUUAGCAUAUAUAGUUGUUAGUAAACGACCACUUUCCCA